AACUUGGGAAAUUUCGAUCGGCGUACCUAGGUCGAGGAGAUCUGGGCAGCUGAGGCCCUGGGCGUGGCACGCACCAGAGUCCUCAGAUGCUCGUCAGGUGCACCUGUCGCUUCAGCAGUAGGCUCGCAAGUAGCCUUCCAUGCAGGCCAGUCUAUGAACAUGCAACGCGCUGGCGCCAAGCAUACAGCAGUGCAUCCCACGCCGCACGAGCACAACUCGACAGAGCGAUUCGGCAGCCUCUUCUGGAGCGUAUGCCAAGCUCAGGUUCGAUAGCAACGGCAAUCAAUCAGCCUCUCGUCGGCGCAGUGAGAGUACAGUGGCCAGAUGGCGCAGCCUCGUCCUUUGAUUACAUGUGGCUCAGAGAUCACUGUCAGUCAAGCGAGAGCAUGCAUCAUGUCACUCGACAGCGCCUACUUGAUACCGCAAGCCUUUCGCGUGACCUCGCGCCUCGAGCUAUCGAUGCAAGCUCUGAAGGCCUCAAGAUCACCUGGAAUGACAUGGACGCACAUACAUCAUUCUAUCCGUGGCAAUGGCUGCGGCGGCGCUCUUACAGCCCGUCACUGCACUGCUCGCCCACCUUCGACAAGCACCUGUGGGCAGCAAACGAGAUGCAGCAGUCUCCUCCGAUCGUUGACUAUGCCAGCGUCAUGUCGGGUGAUGAAGGCCUGCUAGAUUGGCUUGACAAAAUCCACAUCUAUGGCUUCGCGUUCGUGCAAGGCGUGCCAGUAUCUCCCGAAGCGACUGAACAGCUCAUCAGACGAAUUGCAUUCAUCAGAGAGACACACUACGGUGGCUUUUGGGACUUCACCGCAGAUCUUGCGCACGGAGAUACAGCGUACACCAACUUGGCUCUCGGCGCACACACCGAUACGACCUACUUCACUGACCCCUGUGGGCUGCAAAUGUUUCACCUGCUUUCAUCGCGCGACACUCACGAAGGGGGACAUUCGCUGCUCGUAGACGGGUUUGCGUGCGCUGCGAGACUCCGAGCAGAUUCGCCACAACUCUACAAGCUCCUGUCGGAGCUACCUAUACCCUCACACGCCUCUGGUGACGCCAAUGCACUCUUACGUCCACUAAGGCCGAGACCAGCGCUCGAGCACGACGACGAAGGACAGCUGAUAUCUGUCCGAUGGAAUAAUGAUGAUCGUGCGCCGAUCGGUCAAGGCAAGAGCUGGCAGGGUCUGUGGACUUUAGAUGAUGGAAGACGGGUCUCGAGAGUGGUGGCAUUCUAUCACGCUGUGCAAGCUUGGGAACGUAUUGUCCGCAGUAAACAAGCUGAAUACUGGACGCCACUCGAGCCCGGAAAAGCACUCAUCUUUGAUAAUCUGCGAGUGCUGCACGGUCGCUCGAGCUUUACAGGUCAGCGGCGCCUAUGUGGCGCCUAUGUCAAUGGCGAUGAUUACCGCUCGAAACGCUUCUUACUCAGGCGAAGACUAGGCAAGCAGAUCGAAGACGAUGCCGUGUUCUAGCAUUGCAUACUGUCUUACAGCUCUAUAUGUGCAUGCGUGUCU